AUGCCAGUGGUCGCUCCUCCUUCACCAUCGGACCAAGAUCUGAGAGCUGCCGUUGUCUCUCUCAAAUCCAUUCAUCCAACACUGGGGAUCGCGAAGAUCCACGCCUUACUGCUCGAAACUCAUCCAGAUUGGAUCGUCAGUGAAAAACGGACGAAGAAAGCUCUUCAAACGUCAAAAGCGUCUGGCAGUGGCGUCAACAAUAUCUUUCCGUCUUCGAAAUUAAUUCCCAACCUCGAUAUUUCAAAGUACAGCACAAAAAUUGAAGUGAAGCAUUUCAAUAAGAAAAAAGGCAAAGGACUCGUUGCCAAGGAGAAAAUUUUAGCUGGGACGCCAGUGUGGAAGGAGGAUCCGUAUGUUGUUGCAGCUGAAUGGGAAAUAUACGACCUGCAACAAUCUGGACAAGCGUGUAGCUUUUGUACGACGCCAUUUUCAUCCACAACCACCACUUCUCUUAUUACCAGCUGCGUCGCUUCAUGCCACGCCCGUUUCUGCAACCGUCUUUGUCGCGAUCGUUCAGCGCGAACUCAUCCGCUACUUUGUCCAGUCCAAAAUCCUGCCUCGAUUCCGCUUCUACAAUGGGCAAGGAAAGCAGAAUGGAUGGCGCUACAUGCGCUUGCGUGUAUGACUAGCCGAGUGAUGACCCUGUGCCAGGACUCAAAGGAUUCUAAAGAUGCAAAAGUGGCGGAGGAGGAAUGGAGGACUGUGACUAGUUUUGCGACGUUGAGUAUAGAGGAUAGGGCGAAGUAUCAUUUCCACAAAGCCGGAAGCCAACCGGAUUCUGACUCUUGGCAAGAGGCUUUUAAGCUUUACAUGCAGGCGUUUAGAGAGCCGCCUGCGCUCCAGGAUCAGAAAAAGCUCGCGAGACUGGUGAAGAGACCUUUCAGAGCGGAUGUAUCGCAAGGCCUAUUCCAGUAUGAUGCAUUUUUGAGGAAUUUGGGGAAAAUGAGUCUUAAUCUCGAAGCACAUGGCGGGCUCUAUGUCCUUCAUUCACACCUCAAUCACUCUUGUAAACCCAAUAUCUCCAUCCGACACCUCGAACAACGUACAGCCUUGUCAAGGAUUACGGCCAUUUCCAUGAGAGACAUUGAACCCGGUGAGGAAUUGUUCAUCACAUACGUUAACCCGACAAUGUCAGUAGAACAAAGACGAGAUGAACUGGAGCAGUGGGGAUUUGGGAGAUGUGAGUGUGCAAGGUGUGUGAAAGAAGAAAGGGAAGAGAUUGAGGCGAAAUCUCAUGUGGUAGGGGAAGGAGGUGACGAAGAUUUGUUGAAAUUUAGUCAGGCGGACCUGGAGAGAGAACUCAAAAUAGGACUAGGGGUCAUGUAA